AUGAGCAAAGUAACGCAGUUAGUGGCGCCAGACGCUAUCUCUCAGACAUUAGAAAAGUACCAACCACCUCAGCUGCUUGAGGUUAUUCGCGGACUCAAACCUUUGAUGGCCCAAAACCCCGCGCAGGCUCGCGAGGUUCUUGAGAAAAACCAAGACCUGACGUUCGCUAUUGUUCAAAGCAUGCUCUUGAUGGGGCUUGUUGACGAGCAUGUGGUUCAGUCAGUGAUGCAAAAUGCCACACCAGCGCCUGCUCCGGCACCGGCUCCAGCUCCAGCAGAGCAAUCUUUAGAGGACCGAUUAAACGCUCUCCCGGCUGAGCAGGCAACCAUGAUUCGACAGGUGCUCGCCCUCACAGAGGAGCAGGUUCAAAUGCUCCCGGCAGAUCAACAAACCUAUAUUCGUACUAUCAAGAAUACGUACAGCUAG